AUGGACACGCAAGGGAUACUGAAGGAAGAGGUCACGGGUGACCCAGAGAACCUCCCUGGGGCAGCACGGACCACCACCUUCACUGGGUCAGUCCAGACCACGGCCUUCCGUGAGCCAGAACGAGCCACCACCAUUCUUUCGGGCAUGGCUCCGCUCCAAAUGUACGAGCCAAACCCAAAGCAAUCCCGAGGAAGGAACCACUGCUUGGCAGUUGUCGCUCUCUACCUCGUCCUGCUGACGGCAUGCCUGGGAUUCCUGCUGGCAAGAGUUUUAUACUUGCAGGAGAAAAUGACAGUCCAGCAAGAGUGGUCUAGGGCCGUGGAAGAGUCCCUGUUCCCCAAUGCUUCCCGCCUCUCCGGGCAGAACCUCGGGCCUGUCCCCACGGGCGGGAGUCCCUCCUUCUCCUACUUGCUUUCCCACUACAACCCCGCGUCUCCCACCUCUGCGGAAGAGAAGAAGAGGCUCCAGGCCCUGGAGAAGGAAGUCCGAGACAUCUGGACCACCCACACAGACCUGCAGCAGGCCUUGGGCAAUCUCACCCGGGUCCCAGGUCCUCAGGGGCCCCGGGGAACACCAGGCCCAGCUGGUCCUCGAGGAGAUAACGGAGCCCCAGGAAAGGAUGGAAUUCCAGGACGGCCAGGACAACCCGGACAGACGGGGCCUCCGGGGACCCAGGGCCCAGCCGGCCUCAAAGGGGACCCAGGAGUCCAAGGCCUCAGAGGAGCCACAGGAGCCCCGGGUCUUUCUGGAGCUCCUGGGGCCCCCGGACUUCGGGGGACAAACGGGGACAAAGGACAGAAAGGGGAACCAGGCCUGGACCCCCCUAUUGGGCCGCAGGGACCAAAGGGAGACAAGGGGGAUCCCGGAUUGAGAGGUUCUCCAGGAAACCAGGGCUUCAGGGGGGCCAGUGGAGACCCAGGCCUGAAGGGCCAGAAAGGUGACUCGGGUCAGAAAGGAAGCCAGGGGCCACCUGGGCCUGCAGGACCCCCAGGGCUGCCCGGGAUCAAGGGGGCCUCUGGAUCCCCAGGGUCCUCGGGCCUCGGCGUCCGGAUCGCGGGCGGAGGGAGGGAAGGCCGCGCGGAGAUCCAGUACCAGGGCAUCUGGGGGACCAUCUGCGACGACGACUGGGAGACCGUGGACGCCAGGGUCUUCUGUCGCAUGCUGGGCUACAGCAAGGGAACCGUCGGCCGGCCCAGCACCGGCACGGGCAGCAUCUGGCUGGACAACGUGCAGUGCAAGGGCACGGAGCUCACCAUCUUCGACUGCCCCAAGCGGCCGUGGGGAGAACACAACUGCAACCAUGACGAGGACGCCUCGGUCAUCUGCUCCUGA